AAUAUCUUCUUUGUCUUUCUGUGAUUUGUCAUUUAGCUUAGGCAGCAAAUUGAUUGACCAUAAAUUGCUUUAAUGACAGCAACAACCAUACCCAAAACAUCUUGGACCUAAUCCAGUCUGCCUGUUUGAGAUUUUUUUGUAGGCUCCAUGAUUUAAUCCUUGAGCCUAGCCUGUUCAGGAACCAUAAUUUCUUUCAUGCAUCAAUACACAACUAGAGUAGUUAAGCAGGGGCAAGCAAACCAUGACAAGAAAGAGAUCCAGAGAAUCUAAAAGUAAUGAUGAUCUUCACACACAGGUGGUGACUACAGAUGUAUCCAAAUUCAGCAAGAUUGUGCAGCAACUAACAGGAAUGCCAAAUCUAAGGCCUAAUAAGCCUGAAAAUUCUUUGCAGCUGGUUCUGAAGCCUGUUCCCAAAAAACCCAAUGUUGAGGGAUUACCAACUGCUGAGAGGGUAAUUUUCCCAAUCACUACUCCUUGUUUACAAAGGCCAAAGCCAUCUCUGCCUGUUAAACCUUCUUUCAUGGCUGCUGAGAAUGAGUUCCACCUUGAUUCAGCUACUUCUCUUCCUUUUUCACUUCCUAAUGAGGAUGACAUAUGCAGUUUGGAUUCUGAAGAGCCAUUUCCUAGUUUUCUUGUGGGCAAGGAUAAUGAUAUAUUUAGUUUGGAUUCUGAGGAACUGUGGCAAGUAAUGGAAUUGAAUACUAGAGAGAGUUUUAUGCUAUCAAAUAUAAUGACCAAGGUUUGAAUACCUGCUGGUUGAGAACUCCAGAUAAUUAUCGGAUCAGUGUUUAAGGGCUUUCACCAUGAAGGGCUCUGACCAGGAAGAGCACCAUGGAUAAAAGGUGCCAACAGAAGUAGGUUGGGAAAAAAUUAUAUAAUUUUCUGUGGUUAUAUAAUUACUUGUAUUUAAUUUUCAUAUAUUUAUUUCUUAUUGUAAA